GAUCGAUCCCCUCACGUGCUCGAUUUCCCUACACCACAGCCAUCAGACGUAAUUUUUCAACAACAGUAUCAACAAAUUACUUGCUAGACAUAGCUUUGUUUCUUGGUUAUCUGCUUUGAUUCUGGAAUUUUGAAUAUCGCUAGGCGCUGCGUUCAUUGCAUGAUGAAUCGCCUGCCGGACAAGCUGCUCUUUUCCAAGCAGCGCCUGAGACCGCGGGUUGUGCUUUCAUACAUCGCGGACUAUGUUAUACUCGUUGUCUGUAUUGCAGGGUUCUAUGCUCUCGACUCCAUUGAACCCUACCACCAACAUUUCUCGCUACGAAAUAUCUCCAUCCAGUAUCCAUAUGCCGUUCAUGAGCGUAUCACGAUACAGGAAGCUCUCUGUAUCUCUGGAGUGGCGCCUCUAGUCAUCAUUGCCGUCUAUACCCUUCUUAUAGAUGGUCUCUUCUCCCACAACAAACCACAGGAUGCAGUAUCCGGCAAACGGAAAUUCUCAGGCCCGUAUCGGUGGAAGGAUCGACUAUGGGAGUUUAACUGUGGGAUACUGGGGCUCCUGCUCUCUCAGGGGCUGACGUUCGUCAUCACGCAAGCAUUGAAGAACGCCUGUGGCAAGCCUCGGCCGGAUUUCAUUGAUCGGUGCCAGCCUCGCGCAGGAAGCCAGGAUGCAAUCCCAGGCUUGUCUAACUCUACCAUCUGCACGGGCGAACAUGCGCUCAUCAAAGACGGCUUCCGUUCAUGGCCAUCAGGCCACAGUAGCUCGUCGUUUGCUGGUUUGUUCUACCUGACACUCUGGAUGAGUGGCAAACUGCAUAUAAUGGACAACAAAGGUGAGGUCUGGAAAGCACUCUUGGUCAUGAUACCGAGCCUGGGUGCUACUCUCGUUGCGGUGAGUCGGAUUAUGGAUGCGAGACACCACCCCUUCGACGUCAUCACUGGAUCGCUUCUCGGGAUCCUCUGCGCCGUUAUCUCCUAUCAUCAGUAUUUCCCACCUCUUUCGCAGCCUUGGAAGAAAGGUCGCGCGCAUCCGAUCCGCAGCUGGGGGACCGAGCCGCUACCCCCAUCGAAUCCAUUGAACAUGGUGAGAUUCGAAGAUAGUACUGCCGCGCUCCGUCACCCGGCAGAAGACAGCCAGGCAAAGCCGAUGGUCGGUGCAGACAAUGGCGCGGCUUAUAUCCCCACAUCCAAUCCCUACGCUACAAAUAUGUACACUCGUCGAUCACAGGAUGAGGACGGGAAUUGGUCCUCAUCGAGCGAGGACGUUCACGCAAAUGGCUAUGAGAUGCAGUCUGGGUAUGCUCGAGCACGCAACCCAGGACUGAAUGGAUCGAUUCCACAAUACGAGGUCGACACAACGUAUGACUCGCAACGACCACAGGCGGCCACAGCUCUCCAUGCACCCACACGAGUGAUGACUGCUCAGCUUGAUCGAGGGCGGGAUCUGACUGAGCUGCAUUCGCGGGAAGUUUAAGGCACCGGACGGGGCUACCCCGGUCGCCUCAAUGCGAGGGGGAUUCAUUAUGUUGCCAUUUAUAGAACAUAUACCAGUACACUUGCAUGGAACAUUUUCGGGCUCAUACUGUGAU